UUCGUGACUGCAGCGGAUACCGAGAGUCCAAGGGCAAGCCAAAUUCCGCUGAAACCUUGGUAUCUCAUCUAUAAAAGGACGCCUUCUCCUCCUUUUAGGACUCCACCACCAAAAUUCGGAGUGUUCACCGCUGAUUUCCAGUCUUUUUCUUGGUGUUUUCCCUUGGAUUUGCGUCGGAAAGGCUUGCGGAAUCGCCUUUUGGCUUCGCCGGACUGAGGUGAUAAAUCAAGCUUUGAAUAGGUGAAAAUGAUUGCUGAGAGGCAUGAACUCUCCCUACCACCUAGUCUUGGAUCAAAUCCAUGGAUCAUCCUACCUCAUGGAAGGCACAAGCAGUUGCAGACUUUUAUUAAUGUGUCUGAUGGGAUCGUGCAACAUAGAAGCAUCCCCGAGAUGCAAGGAAAAAGAUGUUUGGGUUCCUUUUAUGGCUGGCUGUUAAUGUGGGAUGAGCCUUCAAAAGAAUGCUUCCUCCUAAGUCUCACCUCCUUGUCAAAGAUCUUACUUCCUCCCCUGCUCGAGCUUGCAGAAUUCCUCGAUAUCUCCAUUGUGUCAUCAUCGCCAGCACUUCCUAACUGCAUGAUCGUGUUCUUACGCAAGAAGCAACCGUUCUUAUUUUUUUGCCAUGUGGGAGAUAAGGAGUGGACUCGAUUGACGGUUAAUUUCAGCCAUGAUUUCUUCGUAUACAGUAUAGUCAAUUGCCAGGGGAAGCUGUAUGCUCUUACUUUUGAAGAAAAUAUCAUGCUCAUUGAUACAACGUCUUCUUCUAUGAAUGUAGAAAUAAUGGAAGUAGAGUCGUUCACAUCUCUCCAUUCCUAUCCAAGCUAUUUUCCAAACUUGGUUGAGGCUUGUGGGGAUAUCUUCCUGGUGUUGAGAUACAGUAGGAGUUGGGGUGGAGGCCAUGUUGUCACGGUAGAUGUUCACAAGCUGGACUUCUCUAAAUUGCGUUGGGAGAGGGUGGAGAGCAUUGGUGAUCGUGCCUUCUUCCUAAGUGGUGCAUUUGGUAUUUCACUUUCUGCGACCGAGUCAGGAGUACAACCAAACCAUAUAUAUUUCAUACAGCCAUGUAAUGAUGCAGAGAGACUGUACAUAUUUAGCCUGGAUGAGCGUGUCAUCUCAUUUGAUAUGCCAUGCCCAAACAUUCGAAGAACUUGGGAUUAUUUGUGGUGGACCAUGGCUACCACCUAAGCCAUUGUGUUUGGAAAAUGAUCUCCAUCUUUGAGCCUUUGUUUUUUAAAUAAGUUUCAAGUCUAAAGUUAAUGAAUUUCAGAUCAUUUAAUUU